CCGCCUUUUCUCUCUUCCCUCGCACAUCACAGUCACACAUGACACACCCCUCUUGUCACUCUUCUCCCUUAACCCCAGCACACACACAUACACAUAUUCCCAUUUCACCUUAAUUCAACAUUCAAUCCGCAAAUUCACCCACAAAAUCACUGAUUCUCCACUUCCUUUCACUAAUUUUGGAUUAAUUCAAGCAAAUACAGGGGUUCCCUCUCUAAACGCCAAAAGACAGUGUUAAAAAUGGUAGACCAAUACGACCCGGGAUGUUUCGGCGUUCGUUUGGCUAACCGGGAACAGAGAGAAAAGUGGGAUAUACUCGUCCGGUUGAAGGUCAUACCAUCUCGAUACCCAGAUGAAGAGGCAUUGGAAGCACUGGGACUCGGUGACUGCUUCUGGGAGCUCAGUCGAGUAGGCGGUCUGACAAAGUUAUUCAAGGGCAAAUGGCCCUCCUAUCGGCACUUAACAUUAGAGUUUUUGAGUACUCUAAAGGUGACCAGGGUAGGUAUCAUACCCCGAAUCCAAGAGAUCAAAUUCCGUUUAGGAAAUGUCGAUUAUGAGAUGUCUGUUGAGGAGUUGAACCACAUGUUAGAUUGUGAAGGGAUAGUCAUCUCUAUGCCGGAUAAGUUUGACAUGGAUGGCUUCUGGACCGCCAUCACAUUCCUAUGGGAAGGCAAACGGGUGGCAUAUUCCGAAGGCCGGGCCAAGUCUAUUUCCAUUCGGAAUCCCGUCCUCAGAUACCUACAGAUGGCAUGUGCAUUCCUCCCAUUGGCCCGAAAAGAAACCAAAGGAGUUGCAUCGAGUGAGCUGUUCUUGUUAUGGAACAUUCUAAAUAGGAGAGCUCUCAACAUGGGGAGUUUCAUUAUCUCUCAUCUACAGAUUCAGGCCAGGAAGACCUCAGGCACACUUGCAUGUGGUGGAAUCAUCACCGCCAUUGCUGAGCUGUGUAAAAUUAACGCCAAACGAUUAGAGCCGAUGAAGGACAAAGGGGAGAUGUUUCUUUCGUUCGAGGUGCUGAAAGAGAUUGAAUUAAUCACGGUCGAUAGCAGACAGCGUGUUUUCUUCAUCCAGGAAGCGGGAGAUCACUUCCCACUCCCAAACCCUAGCUAUACAUAUGUUCAUGGGUGGCAUAUCACUAAAAAUUGGAGGCUGAACUCUGACGCUCAUAAGGCAAUUGUGAAAGCCACGCCAGCCUAUGUGCCGUUGAAUCCACAAUAUCGUCCUGGCAUACCCUUCCAGUCCAACCCACAGUCCAUGCGGCCAGACCUGGCACUGCUACCACACCAAGCCCCACCACAAGAGGAGCAUGCUCAUGAUGAUCAGGGACCUUCCCAACAAAGGAGGACGAGGAGGAGGACGGGACCUCAACACGCUGAUGAUGCUGAUGAUGUCUCCUUGGCCGAGAGGGUUGAUCACCUAGGGACCCGCAUUGACCAUGUUGAAGCCUCGAUGCGCCAACACUUGGAACAACUCACCCAAAGGUUCGAUCACUAUCAUAAGGUCAAUGACGAGAGAUGGGGUCGAGUGGAGAACACAGUAGGCGAGAUGUUGAGGAGAUUCCAAACGUUUCCCAAUCCACUGCUGCCACCGUCUCAGUAGAAUGCAAGUCUCUUAGUUCACUUCUAUUGUUAAAAACACAAGGCAUUUACAAACCAUUACCAACGAGAGAGAGUGACAGUAAAAUUAAUCAAAUUUGAUCAAUUCUAGUUAAUCCUUCAAAUUUAAAAACACACUCCUCUUCUCACUUAAACCCAGCACAAAGGCACACAUACAUAUUCUCAUUUCACCUUACCUUAGUUUCACAUUCCAUCCACAAAUCCUCCAUAUGCCCCAUUUCCUUUCGCUAAAUUUGGGAUUAAUUUAAGCAAAUAGAGAGGUAAAGGUAUGCUUUUCUUUAAACUUUUCUUAGAUUCUUGCAGUCAAGCUUGAACCUUGAGAUUUUCUUGGUUUAAAUUGCUUUUAUGUUGAUAUUUGAGCACGAGCCCUUCAAUUGUUUGUUGAAUUUUACUUGCAAAGUGUUGCUUUCAUUGAAACAAAUCAUCAAGCACUUGGUAUGCAUAUGUUGUCGAGGUGAAUUUUGUGAUUCCUCUUUCGAUUUGUCUAGUACAUGUGUUGAAAUUUGUUGUGACUACAUAAUUGAUGCCUAGGGAGAUUUAGAAUGGGGAAUUUUUGGUAGGAAUUAUUGAUACAGCUGAGUGUUGUGUGACUAGGUAAAAUCUCAUGUUGAAAUUAGAUAUAGACCUUCAUCUAUAAAUUUGUUUUUCAUAUGUUUUGCGUAGGUGUUAGUUAGAUGAUUGGUGUAUAAGUUGAGAUUGGGGGAUAAUUCAUUGUUGAUAUAUAUAGUUGAGAUUGAGCCACUGAGUGUAUCUACAUAUUUAUCUGGAACUUUAAUUGUGCCUAGUUCUUAAAUGUUGAAUUUUUUUCAGGUACACAGUGGUAUAAAUGGUGAACCAUAACGACCCGGAAUUUUACGAAGUUCAUUUGGAUUACAGCGAACAGAAAGAAAAGUGGGCAAGACUCGUCGACUUGAAGGUCAUACCAUCUCGA